GAAUUACAAUCCGAUUUCAUUUCUUGAUCUUGAUUUAUACUAUUGUUGUUGUUGUUGAUAUUAUUGUUCCAUUCAUUCUAUUUCAGUUUCAGGCAUUUGAACAUAAGAAAUGUUGGGAAGUUUUAUCACCAGAGGACUCUUGAUGGUGGUGGGAUAUGCAUAUCCUGCUUAUGAAUGUUUCAAAACCGUGGAGAAGAACAGAGUAGGGAUUGAAGAACUUCGAUUUUGGUGCCAAUAUUGGAUCAUUGUGGCAGCAUUAACCGUCUUUGAGAGAGUUGGAGAUAUCUUCGUCUCAUGGCUACCUUUGUAUGGUGAAAUGAAGCUGGCUCUUUUCAUAUUCUUAUGGUAUCCGAAAACAAAGGGUUGUGGUUAUGUUUACACGACAAUGUUGAGGCCUUUUCUGGCAAAACACGAACAAGACGUAGACCAAAAGAUACUCGAGUUGAGGGCGAGGGCAUGGGACUCGUUUUUUCAUUACUGGCAAAAUUUUGCCCAUACGGGACAAAUCAAGUUGUUUGAAAUGAUGCAUCAUGUCGUAGCUAUGUCGAGAAAGACGGAGGAGAAAAAAGAGGAACCAAAGAACGAAGGUUUGCAAGAGAAUGAUGAAAUUAUGCAGCCAUCGAAGCUGAAGAAACAGAUAAGUGUAAUCGGUCAUCAAGGCAUAUCAGCUCCACCGUCUUCUCCAAUCUCAUCCCCGUCAUUCCAACGGGCAAGCUUAAAGCAAAGGCAGUUGUCUGAAAAGAAGAGGCCGCCGCUUCCGUCCGCCUUGAGCCGUUCAAUGUCCCAAUCGUCUGAAGUAGAGACUAUUCGGAUUAAUCAACAGGACGAACAGACUUCUGACGGCGUCGAUCAGGGUCUACUUGCUGCUCGGAGUAGAUUAAGACGGUCUUCUUCCAAAGGAAAUCAAGAUAUGUAAAAUUCAAGUAUCAAUUUCCGCCAUUGUUACAGAAAGACUCAAUUUAUAGUUUACUUUUAUAUCAAAUUUCUUUUACUUU